AUGGCAGCCCAGUUCGAUGACUUGCAGGCGACGUGGUCGGAGGUGCAGAAGACGGUCGUGGAGCCGCUUCUCGCGCAGGACGCGGCCCAGCACUGGGCAUCAGUGCGGGAGGGCUUCGCGUGGCUCGUGCUCCUCGCCGGACCUGUGGAUGGACGUCGCCUGGACCGCGGCCGCGAGGCCUGGGUGGUGGACAGGGACGCGCUCGUGUUCCGGCUUGCCGUCGACACGCACUCCAUUCCUUUGGUGAUGGUCGUCUCGGGUGGGUGGACGCCCGGCAACGACCCCGGCGUGAUGGUCCGCUCCAUCGCACACGUCCUCGCCCAGCGCUGA